AUGCUAUCUGUAGAACAGUAUACAGAACAAGUGAGAACUUUGACUCAACAGUGCAUCGAAACCUUUGAUCGAUUUAUGGAUGUAAGAAUUACUUUUUUUAACAUCUUAGGAAUCCUACGAUAGAGUCAAUGGAGCCAUUGACUCCAUUUACGAGUAAAUGUAUUUAAAGCCAGCACUUGAAUAGAAGAAGGACCAAAGAAUAAGUACCGAACUUGUAAAAUUACCUGAUGCUCCUCAAUUAAAAAUAGAAAUGAUCAUCAAUAUCACUCCUGAUGAGACCAAAUCAUUUAGGUAAAAAUUUAUUUAUUUAUAAUAGAUGUUUGUAAUAAUAGAAGGUGCAAGUAGUAGUACAAGAAGAGCAGGAGCUAUUUGAGAGAUAGGAAGAUCUCGGAUAGAUUUUAGCCAAUGCUAAUUAGACCAUUAUUGAUGAUGAUGACUCAUCAUCAAUAUUUAAGAAACUCUUAGAUAUGCUCUUAAUAAACUAUAUUAAUGAUUUUAUAUUUUCAUUUAAGAUUUUAUAGAUUUUUAUAGUAUGCUCAAAGCUUUGA